AUAAAUCUUUUCUCGGAUAACCUUUCGAAUCUGCAGCACGUCCAGUCACAUAUCUCCCAAGGGACCAGAGAGUAUAACGAGCAUAUUAUGGCGUCUAUUCUCAAUAGCAGAAGGCAGUUAUGAAGUUUAUUCUCAGCCUCCGGUAGUGCAAGAUCCUGUCUCGUCGUCCCGAAGUCCUGCGAGCACGUUGGAGAUCCUUCAUCUGUGCUGCAGAUGGCUGUUGAUGAUGCCGCUGGCUGAUAUCUCCAGUGCACCCUCUCGAUCCUCAUCUCACUUUCGGGCCUACUUGUACAUAUCAGACCUUUAAAUAACCCACGACACAUGCAACCUUCACGCACACCAUCAACUGCAGUAGUUGCCCGCACGCUGCCCCUCUAUUAUCUCAGUACGUACAGCACGCACGCACUAUUACUCUGCACAGCUGCACCCCACCUUCUGCCUUGGUGUUCGCAGCAAGCAGGCACUACGGGACAAUGGAAUUUCUCUCUCUCUCUCUCCCUCUCUGCCAAGAAUUUGUUUGGGGGCUGCUUCUUCCAGAGAUGCGCGAAAUGCGGCUUGACAUGUCCGCAGUGCCUAUCCGACCCCUGUCGAAGUGUCUGCACGCCUCGCCUCUUCCACGGAGACGACGACGUCGACAUGAUAUUGCGAGUGUUCCACCGAGUAAUAUAACCCGCGGGUCUCUGUCGGAGAGUUGUAGAUCACAUGUUCGGUGAUACUUUUCACUCCUCACAUCAUAACCAUCUCAAACCCCCUUCCAAAUACUUUACAAGCCCCUUUUGGUUUUCCUAUGAUCAAUGGAGAGUUUAAAAAAAAAAAAAUUUUCGUUGCUCAUUCCCACCUGUCAGUUCCUUAUCGGCUUCUAAUCAAUCGUACAGGGUCUGCAGGGACCAGCCCAGCCCACACUUCACCUCGCUUGCUUCAUUCUUUCUUCAGCGCUCGCUCGGCCGAAAUAAUAGCUUCCUUUUCUCAGACAGACCUGCCAGAAACAUCGAAUGUCCGUUCCGUAAGAGGAUGAUAUCUUUUAGAGUUUCGGUAUUUGGUGUAGGGUGUGUAUCUACCAGUAUGCUCAUGCACUCUUCACGGUAAAGGCGUGAAGGUCAUUUUUCUCAAUCUUCACAUCGAAUCUCUUU